AUGAAUACAAAAUAAAAAGGCUUAGCUUAACUAUUCUAUAGAAGCAUCUACAAUAACACUCAUGGUCUCUUAAAGCAACGAAUGAGAGAUCUUGUGCCAGUUAAACAAGCUUUGCUCCGAGAUGUGAGAAAGAGAUAUGGAUCCAAAGAAAUCUGCAAGGUGACAGUUGACCAAGCCAUAGGAGGCAUGAGAAACGUCUUUGCUCUUUUUUACGAUGCAUCAUUGUUGGAUGCUAAGACUGGUAUCACAAUGAGAGAUUACAACAUCCCUGAAUUGCAAGAGUAUCUCCAGAAAGGGGAGAAUGGCCAUGAGCCUCUUCCUGAAGCUCUUUUCUGGUUACUCUGCACAGGCGAUUUCCCAUCUGAGCAAGAAUUCGCUGAUUUGCAAUAAGAAUGGAAACAUAGAGGACAAUUGGAUUCGUAGACACAAAACUUCAUUUUGAGUUUACCAAAAUAAGCACAUCCAAUGACUAUGUUAUCUUAAACCCUAUUGUAUCUAUAGAAAGAUUCUCUUUUCCAACAAAAUUAUGAUCAAGGGAAGAUCUCUAAGCCCCAAUAUUGGGAGUACUUCUAUGAAGAUGCAAUGGAUUUGUUGGCCAAGAUCCCAAGAGUGGCUGCACUCAUUUACAGACAUAAAUAUAAAAAUGGAGAAAUCAUCUCAGCUGAUAACAACUUGGACUGGGCUGGUAAUUAUGCUCACAUGCUUGGAUACAAUAAAUUCGAAGUUAGAGAAUGUUUGAGAGGAUAUUUAAGCAUUCAUGCUGAUCAUGAGGGAGGUAAUGUGAGUGCCCAUACAACGCAUUUGGUUGGUUCAGCUUUGGCAGACCCAUACUUGUCAUAUUCUGCUGGUGUCAAUGGUUUGGCUGGUCCCUUACAUGGUCUCGCUAAUUAAGAAGUCCUCAAAUGGCUAUUAGAAAUGAGAGAUGAAUUGGGCGAAAACAUCUCAAACGAGAAAAUUCAAGAUUAUGUGCUUACUACGAUCAGAGAGGGCAAAGUUAUUCCAGGAUAUGGACAUGCUGUUUUAAGAUACACCGAUCCACGUUUCAUCCAUCAAAAAGAGUUUGCAGCCAGACAUAUUAAAAAUGACCCACUAGUUGAUUUAGUUAGACAAUGCUAUCAUGUUAUCCCACCUGUUUUGAAAACUAUUGGAAAGAUCUAAAACCCAUGGCCAAAUGUCGAUGCACACUCUGGAGUCUUGCUCUAUCAUUAUGGAAUGAGAGAGUUCUAAUAUUACACUGUCGUAUUCGCAGUCUCAAGAGCAUUAGGAUGCAUGGCUAAUCUUAUUUGGUCCAGAGCAUUUGGAUUACCAAUUGAAAGACCAGGAUCCAUUACUAUGAGAUGGAUUGAAGAGAAGUAUGGUGAAAACUAAAACUCUAAAUGA